AAGUCGUGUAAUGCUAACAUGCUCACGUGACUCUUUGCUCAAUGUCUCCUCAACCUUUCUAUUUGAUCUUUUAUUUUGCAAAUGUAAAUGUAGUCGCCAUACGUCAAUAGGACAGACGAGAUUUCACGGCACAUUCUGAACUUGUUAUAUAUUUUGCAGCCUAAUUUCAUAAAUUUUAAUUGGAAAAAUGGACGAUAAAGAAAGAGUUUUGUACUGUGGUAAUCUUUCUGAAAGAGUUACCGAAGAUUUGCUCUAUGAACUAUUUCUUCAGGCUGGCCCAUUAGAAAGUGUGAAAAUUCCUAAAGAGAAAGAUGGACGACAACGGAAUUAUGGUUUUAUCACUUUCAAACAUGCCAUUUCUGUUCCAUAUUCCAUAGCUCUUAUGGAUGGUCUUUCUUUAUUUGGGAAACCUCUUCUUCUAAAUGCUAGGAGUGGAUCUGAAGCUGCCCCUAAUCCAUAUAAAGAACAACUUAGAAAAUAUGAGAUUUCUCUCAAUCAGCAGUCUUACAAUCAAAAUGAUAAUUGGAGGCACGAUGGCUAUUCAAGACGGCAUGAUUCGAGAAGCCACGGCCAGAGAGAAAGUUCCCUCUUCGAACACUACAAGUAAACUUUCUACACGAAGAGCCGCCUGCCGCUCACUGGAUUGAUUGUGAUUUCUCUAUUCCAGUGCUUCAAGCAGCCGGUGGCUUGGAGAAGUUAUUCAAGCAGUGGCAUAUAUUUAGCUGAAUUUACGGGCAUUCCUGCUAUUGUAUGUGCAUUCCUACUUCUUGGCCUCAUUGGGAUAUGGCUCAUGUGCAAAUGGUUCCCAAUAAUUUCAAAAUCACAGUUAUACAGGAUACAGCAAAUAAAUGUUCGAGUACAAUGAAAUGUACUGGUAAUACAAUAAAAUGUAGGCUAAUAUAAAUAUGUAAUGAAUUGUAUAUUAAAAUUCAAGUUCUCAAGGAGGUCUGCGGAAUAUUAUUACAGUCUGCACUUUCUGAUUAUCAGAAUGUCAAGUUGUCCAUUAAGAGAAAAGGAUUGGUAGGUUCGUAAACGAUUUGUCUGUAUUUUAAUACAUUAGCUGCCACGUGACUGGUUUUGUGAAUCACGCGUAAUUACUUCAAACUUAUUUUCUAAUUGUAUGACUUCUGUAUUAAAGUCAAUAGAUAACAAAGGAGGUAUCAUUUAAUUAAAUAAAUGAAACAAAUCACAAGUAUAAGCUGUGGCCGCGAACGUGUUAAAUGAUGAUAGAUUAAUUUCCUUUAACGAUUUUAUGCACCUCUGCAAUUUUAGAUUACAUUUUUAUAUUUGCUUUCUGAUAUUAUGCAAAUGUAAAGUGUUGAUUUAAACUUUAUCACUAUAACUCAAUGGGCAGUUUUUUUUCCAUGCUAUAUUCUAUCAUACGAAAGUAAUGCGCAUUUUGAGUUUGAUUUGAAAUCUUAUCAGAAGGUUCAGCUAUUGCGUUCAUGAUUGAAGUAAAUGUAUACUUGAGAUAAUUUGGAAGCUUUUAUUUCUGAUAAUUUUUCGAUUUUAUCGGUGGCAGCUCGUCAACUCAAAAUUCAGCAGUGUUUCAAAAAAUAAUAAAUAAAUAAAUAAAAAGAAACAUUCCAAGGGUUGAAAUAUAUCCUCCCUUCAAAUAAGAGUUAUUAACUGAUUAAAUCAAAAAAAAAAAUGUAUUCGACUUGAAGUUAAAAUUUGUUAACUUUAUUUAUUCUUAAAUUUGUCUAUUUGUAUUAUUAUUAUUUUAUAAAACCCUUUAAUGAAAAAAUCAUUUAAUUUAACAUUUUAAAAAUUAUGUAUUUCCCAACCACGAUUCCAAUUGAGAUGCUAUUUCUAUAAAGGAAUGGCCGAAAUCUCGCCAUUUGAGAAGCAAGGGCUGUCCUGCAGAAUCUGCUAGCAAAUUGUUUUAAAGGGAUGAAAAAGUCAAGCAAGAAAGUUACGUUUGAUAAUUAAUUUACGAAUGUUCUCCUUAUGGUACAGCUUGUUAACUAUUUAUUGAUGUAAUUAUAAAAAAUGUUAAUAUAAAAUUAUAUGAGCCGCUUUUGACGACCAGCUGUUCACCCACUAUUAACUUAGACUUAAUAACCAACUUUAAUGGUUAUUAAGUCAACUAUUUAACCACUACAUUUUAAAAAAGAGAGAAUACUAUUUUAAUUAUACUUGUAUAUUUGAUUAUAUUUGUAUAUUUCUCGAAGCUGGUGCGAGAGCAGAUGUUCACUGAUGUUACACUUAGGGGUAUUGGACUUUCAUAUAAAGUAAAAAUUGUCCAAAUCAGAACAUCGAUAGUAGCUGGAGGAAGGAAUCUGUUAAGCUUUUUUUCCUCAGCGAGUGCAAAGUGAAAUUGUGUUUUUUUAGAUUUCUCUCAGAAAUAUUUACCAGGCAACAUUGUGACGUAUCUGAGAGCAAUGAGCUAUCAUAUGAAAUAGAAAUUGAUGAAAUUUAUCAGUUGAUUGUGUCUAGGGACUAGUUCUUUGGUGUUAUUAUUUUAAUCAGUUUUUAUCAAUUAUUUUAAAUAUAUAGAUAGCAAGCAAUUUACCAAAUAAAAAAAAGUGGUUUUAUUUAAUAUCUGUAUUUAUGAAAUGAAAGAACACAUUUUCAAAAUGGAUUAAUCCUGGAGCAGAUGCCAAAUUAAAUCAAUGUUUCCAGUGAGGAGUCACACCAGUGAGUUUUUGUGCCAAAAUUAUUGUAUGAAAAAUGUAUUGAGAAGAUUAUUUGAUAAGUGUAUAUAUAAAGAGCCAUAAAAAGUACUCCAAAUUUUAAUUUCUUUUAUUAUGAAAGCAACUUAUCUUUAAUCGAAUGAUUAAACGAUAACAAGUUGAAGAAAGAGAAAUAUCUUCAUUUUAAAUAACCCUGAAAUGUUUUCAUCAUAUGAAUAUUGAAUGAAAAUUAAUAAAUGGAUAAAACUAAAAAGCAGUUAUAAGGUUAUGAGAUAAGAGAGUCUCAUGUUGUAUACAUAGCAGUAUGUAACAAAAUCUUUAAUAAAAAUUUUGUAACUUUA